UGGGCCAAGAAUGACUAGAAACACCAUGAUGGGCCCAAUGUCGAAGAAUUCAGUGAAUACUAUAUACCUUGUCCAUCUCAAGUCUCAGUAGCCGCACACUAACCCUAAUUUCUGAAAAGAGCGCUCGAGAGGAGAGGAGGUUCUUCGGGAAUCAUGACAUUCAAGCGCAGAAAUGGUGGCCGCAACAAGCACGGUCGUGGUCAUGUGAAAUUCAUUCGAUGCUCCAACUGCGGAAAGUGCUGCCCCAAGGACAAGGCCAUCAAGAGGUUCCUCGUUAGAAACAUUGUUGAACAGGCUGCAGUUAGGGAUGUUCAGGAAGCUUGUGUCUAUGAUCAAUACACUCUUCCUAAGCUGUAUGUGAAGAUGCAGUACUGUGUUUCCUGUGCCAUCCACUCUCAUGUUGUCAGGGUUCGUUCUCGCACUGAUAGGAGGAAGCGUGACCCUCCUCAGCGUUUCAUCAGGCGCAGGGAUGAUGCACCAAGGCCUGGUCAGCCUGGCCAAGCUCCUCGUCCUGCUGGAGUUGGAGCUCCUCCCCGUGCUUAAAAGCAAAUGUCAAGAUUUCUGGCCUUCUUGGGAUCUAGUUUGAUCAUAUGAAAGCUUACUUGUCUUUGUUAUAUUUAAGAAUUUUGGCCUUGCUGGAUCAAUUUUAAGAUGUUUUAUUUUCUUCUAAUUGUUUGUUUUAGUCCUUGGUCAAUAGACUCCCUUGCAUUUUGGUUUGUCAUAUUUUUGGUGGUAUGAUAAUGGACCUGGAUAUAUUAUUAAUUCGCCUAUUCACUUUUCA